AAAAACAUACACAAAAACAUGGACAAGAAACGCAAAAGAUUUGAUUUAAAAAACUGGUCUGCAGUCUUUGUUUCCAUGGCAGCGUUGGUGUUGAUCAGCAUAGGCGUUAUCAGCAACCAAAGAAAAAAUAAUACCAGUGUUAAUGAAAAGCACAUUUCAUUGUCGAAAAAAGCACUUCUGGACAUCUGUCAUGGGCUUGAUUUUGCAGAGACUUGUGCUCAGCACCUGCCUUUUAAGCUGUUUGGGGAUGAUCAUAAGCCCGGGGAAUUUAUGCGGAUGGGGAUGGAUGCCGCGAUGAAUAAUCUGAGGGAGGCGGGGAGGAAGGCGGUAGCUAUGCAAGCGGAGCACAGUGAUGAGCAUACGAAGAAUGCUCUGCUGCAAUGUGGUGAGCUCGCGGAUAAGGCUGUUAAUGACCUCCAGAGGUCUCUGCAGCAUUUUCUUGAUCAUGAGAUUAAGGGUUUGGAUGAAAUUGUUGAUGAUAUUUUGGUUUGGUUGAGUGGUGCAUUGACAUAUCAACAGACUUGUUUGAAUGGGUUCUUGAGUGAUGAUGGAAAACCGGUUGGGCCGGUUCAUGAGAAUAUGAAGGUGGCUUUGAAGAAUGGGAUGGAGUUAACCACCAAUGCCCUUGGAAUGGUCACUCGGUUUAGCUCCAAUUUUGACUCAUCGGCUCAAGGACAAGCGGCUGCUCCUACUAAUCGUCGUCGUCUAGAGGCGUUUCCAGGAUGGUUGGAUCCUACGAGAAGGGCUCUUCUUGGUCCUGCUAUUGCUCCUGCAGCUCCCGGGAAUGUUAAGGCGGAUGUGAUUGUUGCACAAGAUGGUUCGGGUAAGUAUAAGACGAUUAAUGAAGCGUUGAAGGACAUUCCUCUGAAUGGUCUCAAGACCUUCACACUUUACAUCAAGGCAGGGGUGUAUAACGAAAAAGUUGUAUUCAGCAUGGCUCAUAAGAAUGUGGUGCUCAUAGGUGAUGGUCCAACCAAGACGAAAAUAACCGGAGCUCUCAGCGUCACUGAUGGACAAACUACCUUCAUGUCUGCAACAGUUGCUGUUGAAGGGGACGUUUUCUUCGCAAAGGACAUUGGAUUUGAGAACUCUGCUGGCGCUGCCAAGGGCCAAGCGGUGGCACUCAGGGCGGGAGCUGAUAAAAUAAUCUUCUAUAAUUGCCGAAUAGAUGGAUACCAAGACACUCUCUACUCACACACUUAUCGCCAAUUCUACAGAGAUUGUGUCAUUUCUGGCACCAUAGACUUUCUUUUCGGUGACUCUGCAGCUGUCUUCCAAAACUGCACAUUCCUGAUCCGAAAGCCCGGGGUCGGUCAAGGCCCCGUUGUUAUGGCUCAAAGCAGGAUCAAUAUACGUCAGCCUACAGGAGUUGUGUUACAGAACUGCACAAUUGUUGAGGACGCGUCGCUAGCAGCAGAAAAAGCGACCACCCCCCCUGCAUUCCUCGGAAGGCCUUGGACAGAAUUUUCUAGAACAAUCAUCAUGGAAUCUUUCAUAAGUAACAUUAUUAAUCCUGAAGGCUAUACACUAUGGAACGGGACAUUUGGUCUAAACACUUCAUUUUACGCGGAAUUUGGCAACAGAGGUCCAGGGUCAGCUACAGAUAAACGCGUAAAAUGGCAAGCAUUCAAGGCACUUGGUCCUGCUGAAAUCGAACGUUUCACUCCAAAUAAAUUUAUUCAAUCAGAUACUUGGGUACCGCAGACUAAAAUUCCUUAUAUAUCAGGCUUUACAUUCCCACCAGGUCGAGGCACACCGGCCUCGGCCUCAGCCAAAGCCCCUGCAGCUGGAAACGAAGAUAUACCUUUCCAGAAUCAAAGAAAUUGUUACAAUAGUAAGGUUACAUUUAAUGGCCAAACCUGUAGCUUCAUUGGCAACAACCAAAAGAAAUUUGACAAGCACAUCACAUUAUCUCGAAAAACCCUUCUAGACAUUUGCCAUGCAGUUGAUUUCAGAGAUGCAUGCAUUAGUAACCUUCCUUUUAAGAUCCUGAGAAAUAAUCAUGAUCCUAAGGAAUUGUUGCACAAGGGGUUUGAGGUGGCCAUGACACAUUUGAGGACUGCGUCACAGAGGACAUUGUCGCUUGGAUUGAUCCACAGAGAGCCGCGUACACAAGGCGCUCUGACGAGUUGUAGGGAGCUCACGGAAAUGGCCAUAAGUGACCUCCAGAGGUCUGUUGACAAGUUCAUUAAUCAUGAGAUUGGGAGCCUUGCUAGGAUUCUGAAUGAUCUUUUGAUUUGGGUAAGCGGUGCCAUGACGUACCAGGAGACUUGUUUGGAUGGAUUUGUGAAUACGAAUACUCUGGUUGGGCAGCAUAUGAGGCUGGCCUUAAGAACUGGCAUGGAGUUGACAACCAAUGUGCUUGGCAUGAUGACUCAAGUUGCCACAAAAUUUGAAGCAUCAAUACAAGUUACAACCACCCUUCAUAAUCGUCGUCUCAAAUCAACAGCCAGAUUCCCAGAAUGGGUAGAAUCUGAUAAAAGGCGGCUUCUUGAAGAUAAUCAGGGGAAUGUUAAGGCAGACCUUGUUGUUGCACAAGAUGGAUCAGGAAAGUAUAGGACAAUAAAUGAUGCCUUAUGGGACAUUCCUAAACAUAGUGACAAUACGUUUGUGCUAUACGUUAAGGAAGGUGUGUAUAAGGAAAAAGUUCAAUUCAAUUCAAGUAUGAGGCAUGUGAUGCUGAUAGGCGAUGGUCCUCGCAAGACAAGGAUAACAGGAAGUUUGAACUUCGUGGAUGGAACGCCCACCUACCAGAGCGCAACUGUUGCUAUUGCCGGAGAUUAUUUCAUUGCAAAGGACAUUGGCUUUGAGAACACUGCAGGCCCCGAAAAACACCAGGCUGUGGCACUCAGGGUUGCAGCUGAUAAGUCAGUAUUCUAUAACUGCCAAAUGGAUGGAUACCAAGACACCCUGUACACACACACUUAUCGCCAAUUCUACAGAGACUGUGUGGUUUCAGGCACAGUGGACUUUGUUUUUGGUGACGCGGCUGCUAUUUUCCAGAACUGUACAUUUUUAGUCCGAAAGCCUAUGGACAAUCAACAAUGCAUUGUCACGGCACAGGGCAGGAAAAAUGAGCGGCAGCCAACUGGAAUUGUCUUUCAAAACUGCACCAUAACUGAUGAGGCCUCACUCCAUCCUGUUAAAAACAACUUCGCAGUUUACCUUGGAAGACCAUGGAAAGAAUAUUCAAGAACAGUCAUCAUGGAAUCUUACCUAGAUGAUCUAAUUCGACCCGAAGGAUUCCUCCCUUGGAUGGGUACAAUUGGCUUAAACACACUCUUUUAUACAGAGUUUAACAACAGAGGACCUGGUUCAAGCAAAGAUAAACGCGUAAAUUGGCCUGGAAUCAAGGAGCUAAGUCCUGAUCGGAUACAAUAUUUUACUGCUAAUAAAUUUAUUCAGGCAGAUGGUUGGGUGCCAUCUUCCAAAGUCCCUUAUUCAUCUGGCCUUAUGUUUCAAUCCCCACAACAAGGUGCAUUAGGCCCAGUUCCAGACCAAGAUUUUGCAGAUUCAGCUUACAAGAAUAUCCGAGAUUCUUAUAGUUCUCAUGCUAACUUUACACCAACUCCUUCCCCAACUCCCUCAGCUAAUACUUCUCCACCCGCACCCGUGUCUGAUAACCAAGGUUCAUCUACAUCUCCUGCAGAUAAUUCUGCAUCUCGCACUACACAAACAGCUCCUUCAAAUGAAAUAGGUCAAAAUUCUGCUUCUCCCGCUUCAACGACAGUUCCUUCAGCUGAAACAGGUUCAAAUCCUGCUUCUCCUGAUGCCCCGACAGUUCCUUCAACUCAAACAGGUUCAAAUUUUGGUUCUCGUGAUGCACCACCAGAUUCUUCUUCAACUGUAACAGGUUCAAAUUUUGCUUCUCGUGAUGCACCAAGAGAUUCUUCAAGUGAAGUAGGUUCGAAUUUUGCUUCUCGUGAUGCACCAAGAGAUUCUUCAAGUGAAGUAGGUUCAAAUUUUGCUUCUCAUGAUGCACCAAGAGAUUCUUCAAGUGAAGUAGGUUCAAAUUUCGCUUCUCGUGAUGCACCAAGAGAUUCUUCAAGUGGAGUAGGUUCAAAUUUCGCUUCUCGUGAUCCACCAUCAAAUCCUUCACCAAAACUAAAUCCAGAUUUCCCCUUCAGUACAAUUAUAAAAUUCCCUUAG